AUGAUUCAAUUGAAGGAUGACCACGACAACAGAGGUUGUCUUGUUGGAAGUUGUUCCCUCAAUUGUUGGGCCAAGUACAAGAUUAGCCAAAAAUCAAUCAAAUUACUCAAAGAGAUCAAGAACUUGAAGACGGAAUAUGAUGCUUUCAAAGAAAAAACAGAGGCACAACCUCCAAGAGCAGUCAGGGAGAUCCCAACUUCAUCAAUUGUUGUGGGCAAAAUUAUCAAGUUAAAUCUUGAGAAAGUUCGUGGUUACUUGGCAGGUGACAAUGUAUCUAUGGUGGGGAUUUGGGGCAUGGGAGGGGUCAGAAAGACAACUCUCUUGAAUGAAAUCAAUAACUCAUUACUUGGUGGUGAUACUAAUCUGGGGUUCAAAUAUGUCAUACCUUUGGUGGUUUCAAAAGAACCUCAAUUUGAGAAGCUUCAAAAGGAGAUAUCUAAAAGGUUGGGAUUGCCCUCUAACUCUGAGAAGAGUGACAUAUUUGAGUUUUUGAAGAACAAGGACUUUUUGAUGCUAUUAGAUGAUAUGUGGAAGGCGGUGGACCUUCACGAAACCCUUGGUAUUCCACUUCCUCACCAUCAAAGCCAAAGGCGGCAAGAUAGAGGUCAAAGGUGCAAGCACAAGGUGAUCUUCACAACGCGAGAAGAUGAUGUGUGUGCUCGUAUGAAAAGGCCCGACAAGAAGAUCAAAGUUGAAUGUUUGGAUGGAGAAGAAGCAUGGCAUCUUUUCAAGCAACAUGCAAAUGAAGAGACCAUCAAUUCCAAUGCUGGUAUUAAAAAAAUUGCAAUGAAAGUUAUGGAGAAGUGCUUAGGCUUACCACUUGCCCUUAAAGUUAUUGGGUGGAGCCAUGUCGAAUAA